CCACGUACCAAGUGUGGUGUAGGUUGGCGAUCACAGUAAGCAUAUUGGCUCGCCGUUCGCGCCCGCGUCUUCCUUCUCCCCUUUCUUUCAAGGUCGACCGCUCAACUCCUACGACGCAAACUUGAAUUCAUUCAUGACGACUCGCGUGCUCUCUCCUCCUCUCUCCGUUAUUCCUCUUCGCAACCUCGGACCCGCCCAUGACAACGAGGACCGCCGCCGCUCUGGAGACCAUCCGGUGCUCGCGUUUUUCGACGACUACAAGAGCCUCGACGCCGCACAGCUCAGGCAAAUCCACGCCCGCAUGCUCCGCCUCGGCCUCUUCUCUCACCCCUACUCCGCCAGCCGGCUCCUCACCGCCUGCUCCCUCUCUUCCUCCCCCGACCUCCAUUACGCCCUCAGGGUGUUCGACCAAAUACCCCACCCGAACCUCUACACCUGGAACACCCUCAUCCGCGCCCACGCUUCCAGCCACAACCCCGAUUCCGGUCUCCGCCUCUUCUCCCGCAUGCUCCGAGACAGCCCUCACUUACCUGACAAGUUCACCUACCCUUUCGCCAUCAAAGCUGCAGCAGAGCUCUCCGCCCUGGGAGAGGGCGCCGCCCUCCACGGGAUGGUCGUCAAAUCUCCCUUCCGUUCUGACAUCUUCAUCCUCAACUCUCUUAUCCACUUCUAUGCGGCCUGCGGGCAUUUGGAUCUUUCCUACCAGGUGUUUCGGAAGAUUCCUGGGAGAGAUGUCGUUUCUUGGAAUUCCAUGAUCAGUGCUUUCGCUCAAGCAGGUAAGUGCGGUGAGGCAGUGCAACUGUUUCAAGAGAUGGUGGGUGAGAAUGUGAGUCCUAAUGAUGUCACUGUGGUCAGCGUUCUCUCUGCUUGUGGAAAGAAAGGGGACUUGGAAUCUGGGAAGUGGAUCCAUUCUUGUAUCAAGAGAUAUGCUAUCGAGGAAACCGUGAUACUGAGUAAUGCGAUGCUUGAUAUGUACGUCAAGUGUGGCAGCUUGGAGGAUGCAAAAUUGCUGUUUGAUCAUAUGAGUGCGAGGGAUUCCAUUUCAUGGACUACCAUGCUUGUUGGUUGUGCAAGGUCAGGGGAAUUUGAUGCUGCCCGGCACAUUUUUGACGUGAUGCCUAGCCAUGAUAUUGCAUCCUGGAAUGCUUUAAUCUCAGGCUAUGAACAGAGUUGCCAACCGAAAAAAGCAUUAGCACUUUUUCAUGAAUUGCUCAAGGCUGGUGGAAAACCUGAUCAGGUCACACUCGUUGCUGCACUGUCAGCUUGCUCCCAGUUGGGUGCGUUGGAAUUAGGCUGCUGGAUCCAUGCACACAUAAAGAAGAAUAACUUUAACUUGAAUUCUCAUCUGACAACCUCGCUUAUUGACAUGUACUCAAAGUGUGGAGACCUGGAUAAGGCACUUGAAUUGUUCAGGUCCAUGGAACAGAGGGAUGUUUUUGUGUGGAGUGCAAUGAUUGCAGGACUGGCGAUGCAUGGGAACGGAAAAGCUUCUCUGGAUCUCUUCAUGCAAAUGCAAGAGGCUAAGGUUAAGCCCAACAAGGUCACUUUUACAAAUAUACUUUGUGCUUGUAGCCAUGCUGGAUUGGUCGAUGAGGGUCGGUCGUAUUUCAGCCAAAUGCUUCUAGUGUAUGGCAUCGCACAAAAUGUGGAGCACUAUGGGUGCAUGAUCGACAUCCUUGGCCGUGCUGGGCUGUUACAAGAAGCCAAGGAGUUGAUAGAAGAUAUGCCAAUGCCACCUUGUGCUUCAGUAUGGGGAGCAUUGCUUGGGGCUUGUGCGAUUCAUAAGAAUAUCGAACUGGGAGAAUAUGCAUUUAGACAUCUCAUCAAGUUGGAGCCUAGAAAUCAUGGAGCUUAUAUUCUAUUAUCUAAUUUAUAUGCCAAGUCCAGGAAAUGGGAUGGUGUUGCAAGGUUGAGGAAACUGAUGAAGGAUACUGGGUUGAAGAAAGAACCUGGUUAUAGCUCAAUAGAGGUCCAUGGUGUAGUUCAUGACUUUCUUGUGGGAGAUAUAUCUCACCCACUUAGAGGGAGAAUAUAUUUCCAGUUGGAUGAAAUUACAUCCAGACUAAAAGAAGUAGGUUAUGUACCAAACGUGACACAGCUUCUGCAGGAUAUAGAAGAAGAGGAUGUCAAAGAGAAGGCGCUGAAUCUACAUAGUGAGAAGCUGGCGAUUGCUUUUGGACUGAUUAGUACAGGUUCACCUGCACCAAUUCGGAUUACUAAGAAUCUUCGUAUCUGUGAUGACUGCCACUCAUUCGCCAAGCUAAUAUCUAGGGUUUACACUAGGGAGAUAAUUUUGAGAGAUCGAUAUAGAUUUCAUCAUUUUAAGGAAGGAUAUUGCUCAUGCAUGGAUUACUGGUGAACCUUGUGGAGUCAAGAGUUUACCCUUUGCAUAUGGAAAGUCCAUUACAUGAUCAGCAACACCAGUUUCAGACGAUCUUCUAUCAUAAAUGAUCACCUUUGGGCUUACACAGUUAAAGGUUCACCUUAAUUAAAAACAUGACCGCCAAGAUUCUCCAAACCUUUGGCUACUUCCAAACAACUGCCUAGCUUAUAUCUGUUGUUUACAUUGUAGAUGCAAGUCUUGAGUGACCUGUACCGGCAUCAUCAUUCUAAGCAAGUUAUGUUCAUAUGUCGAUCAAUGACAAAUAUUGUUGGAUGCUUGGCAGUUCAUAAAUAUUAUUAGCAGACAGAUGAUCAGUGUCACCAUGCCCAUUUUUUGUCGGUAUCUGGGUUUCUACUGGAGACAGGCCUAGUUGCCAAAUAACAUAUCAGUUCAAUUUUCAGAAGAUGUAAGAGGAUCUAGCACAUGCAAAUAAGCCGAAGCCUUUCUGAGGAAGCAGCAUGAAGUCAAUUCCUCUGUUAAAACUGAAGAAUCAUGUGAGAAACAUGUCAUCAAGAACACUCAUAAUACCAAAUAAAAAUUGAUAGGAGUAGAGGAAUUAGAUAGGCUGACUAGAUACGGUUAGUUUGAGCUGUUGCAGAACAUCCUAAGAAGCACACAAAUGGUGCAAGUGAACUCCCAAAAUGCUUGGGAAAUCUUUCGAUAUGUUGUUUUGAAGUCAUUCUCAAUGAAACCCAAUCCAUUUAUGGUA